GGUCUUUCAAAUAGGCCCUAAUUGCUGCAAGCUCAGCAAAGGUUUCCCUGAGGUUCAAAAGCUGCACCACAAAAGAACACAAGGAUUCUACCAUUGAACUAUACGAGUUGUUUGCAGUUAUUUUAGAGUCUACACUACCUGAUCUCUAUAAGGGAUGCCCUCAUUGGACGGAGACGACCGAGUGGUGGGGUAUGUGGCGCGGGAGACCCCCAGCACUGGCUACUAUGUACGUUGCUACCUGGUUCUUGACUUUAGCAUACACAAACUGCGGGUGUACCCUGAGGAGGCGGAGCAAAACUCUGUCCUGGUCGAGUGUGAUGCUGAGAUCAACUGUCAAUAUAUAACCAAAGUGCGUGCCAGUCUGACCAGACCCAAGGCACUGAAUUCACUAGAGAUUGUGACGACGAGUGGCAGCCACUUUCUCUCUGUUGACUCACUGGAGGAGCGAGAUCAGUGGGCAGAGUCUAUCAGGAAGGCAUCGAUGAGACAAGGUUCGGCCAGGCAGGUGGCCUCCCUCAUCCAGCAGAAACAGGGAGAGGAUGUCAGUUAUCGGACCAAAGUCGUAGGGGGUGUGGUCCACAAGAUACCCAUGAGUGAGGCUGGGGCGAAGGACGGUGCUGCCACCGGUGGUGAGCUGAAGGGGAUGGAGUCUGUGCCUGGAGCCUCCAUUGGUGAAAAACAGACGAGGGGAUUUCCCCGAAUAAUCAAAGCGGGACACGGGAUCAAACUAGGACAUGUGAGGAAGAAUUGGAAGAAGCGGUUUUUUGUGCUGACAGAGUUAGCAUUGGCCUAUUACAAGAGCAUAGAUGAGGUAGAGCCUAUCAGAGCACUGUCCGUGGGUGAGGUCACCUCCGUUAGAUCUGCAAUUGUUGAUACCGGUAAGGAGAUGAUGGAGGUGGUGACCCCAACACGCACAUUCCUGGUCCAGUUUGACAACCCCGGGCAGCUGGAGGACUGGGUGGAGGCCUUUCGAGCUCUCAUUAGCUCCGUCAAACCACUGGACUCCUCUCAACAAACGGUAGUGAUGACAACUACCGCUGUUUCCAGUCCCUCGCCAACAGAUACUGCAUCACUUGACAGCAAUGAAUUAGGAACACUCGUGUAGCCUUAGGGUACAUUACUAUGAUGUCAUCUUUUUACACAUUUUGUACAAUUGUACAUGGUACUCAGUCACAUGCAAACCAGGCAACAUUGUCCACUGUCAGGUGCUGGAUUACUUAUUAUUACAUCACAUCACACUUCAUCUCUAUUCUUGUGUUUAGUUUGUUGCACUGCUGUAUAAAUAACUCCCAUUGAAACAUGACCCCCACAAUUAAUUUGAGGGUAUAACAAUUAUAAUCUUUCAUCAUUUUGAAGUAAACACAA